CUUGAUACUGUAAAUAGACAGGUAUUGGAUUUUGACUUUGAGAAAUUUUGCUCGGUCUCUCUCACAAAUUUAAAUGUGUAUGCAUGUUUAGUUUGUGGGAAGUAUUUCCAAGGAAGGGGCCCUAAAUCCCAUGCAUAUACACACAGUCUUGAAGCAGGGCACCAUGUGUAUAUCAAUUUACGAACAGAGAAAGUUUAUUGUCUUCCUGAUGGAUAUGAAGUCAUAGAUCCAUCGCUUGAUGACAUUAUACACGUGCUGAAUCCAAGAUUUAACGGGGAGCAGGUUGAACAACUCGAUAAGAGCCGACAAUGGUCUAGGGCACUUGAUGGGUCUGAUUAUCUUCCUGGAACGGUUGGGCUGAAUAACAUCAAGGAGACUGAUUUUGUCAAUGUUACGAUUCAGUCUUUGAUGCGAGUAACUCCUUUGAGAAACUUCUUUCUUAUCCCUGAAAAUUAUCAACACAGUAGAUCUCCUCUUGUUCAUCGAUUUGGAGAGCUCACCCGAAAGAUUUGGCAUGCACGGAACUUUAAGGGACAGGUGAGUCCGCAUGAGUUCUUGCAAGCAGUUAUGAAAGCUAGUAAAAAACGUUUUCGGAUAGGUGCACAGUCUGACCCUGUUGAAUUUAUGUCAUGGCUUCUGAAUACCCUUCACGCCGAGCUUAGAACUUCCAAAAAAGGCAGUAGCAUAAUCCACCGGUGCUUUCAGGGGGAAUUGGAGGUUGUGAAAGAGAUGCAUAGUAGACCUAUUGCAGAAAAGAGGGAGAAUGGGGAUGCCCCGAAUAAUGGCAAUGGGGAAGAUGGUCAACAUGGAUCUCACAAUAUUGCCAUGGAAAGUAGCAGAAUGCCUUUCUUAAUGCUUGGACUCGAUUUGCCACCCCCACCUCUUUUUAAAGAUGUCAUGGAAAAGAAUAUUAUUCCUCAGGUACCAUUAUUCAACAUACUUAAGAAGUUUGACGGUGAGACUGUGACUGAAGUUGUAAGGCCUCGUAUAGCGAGGAUGAGAUACCGUGUAACAAAAUUGCCGCAGUAUCUAAUUCUCCACAUGCGAAGGUUUACAAAGAACAAUUUCUUUAUGGAGAAAAAUCCGACGCUUGUUAACUUCCCGGUGAAGAAUCUAGAGCUCAAGGAUUAUAUUCCUCUGCCAGCACCAAAGGAGAAUGAGAAGCUUCGCUCAAAGUAUGAUUUGAUUGCUAAUAUUGUUCAUGAUGGUAAGCCAGGUGAAGGAUCCUACAGGGUGUUUGUCCAACGAAAAUCAGAAGAACUUUGGUAUGAGAUGCAAGACCUACAUGUUUCUGAAACUCUUCCCCAAAUGGUUGCACUUUCUGAGACUUAUAUGCAGAUAUAUGAGCAGCAUCAGCAGUGAUGAAACUGACAAGUAACAUUGGAAACACAAACCAUUUCCUUCUCUUCUCUUCCUUUUGAAAUACCAAAUUCAACUAUUAGAUCACUGUUGAAGAGUAGUACUGCACUUGUUGAGGGAUAGUGAAUGUGCGGUUUACUUGUUCGUUGCUAUCGGUAAAUCUCUGCUGGUUUUAUAUUGUCCAGGCUUAUCAUUACUAUUCAUGCAGUUCUGUGGAGUCAAGCUGUGGAAGUGUCCUCUUAGUUCUUUCUUUUCAGAUGGGUUUGUUAUGUGGUAGGUUCUUGAAUUCGGAAGAUGUUGCCUUAAUCUUCGUUUUCUGGACGUAGUAAUAGUGGCUAAGAAAUGAGUGGAAUCCAUUGGACAAUUAAACCUAUGUUAUUUUGAAUUCCACUGGAUUAAAUUAUUACCAAAUUAAGUAAAAUGUCAUGUCAAAAGGAUUUACAACCUUAGUUUACCCUU